AAACUGAUCCGAUAUAGGGGUUUACUACCCCUUUUUAAAACGAUGUCUGUCCUCCACCAGGUCUCAGCAGGCCUUCAUGCAGAGUAACCUUUCCCAGCCCUCAAUGAUGCUGUCGGGGCCCUCGCUGCACAGCUAUGCCGGCGUCCAGGCCUCUGAUCUGGGCAAGCCUCAGUCCAGCCUGGCCUACCAGCAGCCUUCGUCCGCCCAGCAUAUCCCUAUACUGUUCGAGCCACAGCUCAACCAGCCCUCUGGCAUGGGCAGCUCACAGCUCAUGGAUACGCACCUUAUGCAGGCUCGGCAGGGGAUGAAUCAGCAUUCCAACAUGUACUCGGGACACGGACACACACAUGGACAUGGCCACGGACAGAGUAGUUACUAUAGCAACACGCAGUCUGCUAGCUCCGCAAUGCAACAGGUCCCUCUGCCUGGCUCUCAGCUCUCCUUGUCAACCUAUGGUUCUGGUGCCAGCCAACCCCUGCUGGCGCUGCCCCAUACCCCGCCCCAGGCUCAGCCCAGCUCCAUGGGCCGGCAGCCCCCAGUGUCGCAGGCAUACAGGAACAUGAUGGGCCACAACCCUGGCAUGAUGCAGCCCCCAACCAGCAAGAUGGACAUGGACUUGAAGCUGUUUGGUGGUGGAAUGGAUGUGAAGCCUGGAACCCCACCCAUCAACACCAGAAGCACCACACCCACCUCCAGCCACUACAGGGCCAGCUCCACUUCUCCCAGCAGCCAGUCCAGUAAGAUGAACAGCAUGCUGUACCAGAAGCAGUUCCAGCAUAGCUCCGCCGGUAUGAGGAUGACCCCACACUUCCCUGGCCAGUACAAUCCACAGAUGCUCUCCCAGCCCAACAUGGUGUCCCCUCUGGUCCGCCCUCCCCACGCCUCCUCCUUCGCAGGGGGCGUCCAGCGCUCUGCUAUGGGUCAGCCCAUGUCUCCCACUCUGUCCCAGGGUUUAAUGCCUCACCCCCGACCCCUGCACCCGCUGCACAGCCAGCACCCACAGCACAGCCAGCACCCACUGCGGGCUCCCCCGGGACCCUCCCUCGUGCCCAGAGGCAACCACCAAUCCGCGAUGAAGGCAGAGCAUGACCUCAAGGCCAAGCAGAGGGCCGAGGUGCUCCAGUCCACCCACAAGUUCUUCGAGCAGCAGCAACAGCAGCAGAUGAAGACCCCUCAGGUCAACAAGGUGUCCCGCCUCGAUCAAAACAGCAAGCCCCCCCAUGACACCAUGGCCUCCAACCACCAGUCGGGGGGCCUCUUGGAGCGACCAGAGUCCGACAAGCCGACCUUAUCCCUGGGGAAGCCUAUUCGGACUGGCCCCAUCAAGCCACAGGCCAUCAAACCAGAGGAGGGCAAGUAAAAGGCCACUCGCUCCCAUGGAAAAGAAAAAUGCUGACGGGAAUACAGGAGCGACGCCAGCUCCUUUCCUUCCAACCUCCACCCGCUUCCCCUACUUCCCUUUCAUCAGCGGGGGGGGAAGAGGGGGGAGGGGGGAAGUUAAAGAUGAAAAUGGUUAUACAGAUGGUUACCCAGAAUGCACAUCUUGGAUAAUCCCCCCUCUCCCAGCCUCCCUUCCUUGCAGUGUUGGUAUUUGAUUAGUCUGCGCCCUGUGCGUUAGAUGGCUGAGGUGGGGUAAAUAUAUCACGGCCCACUCUUACGCAGACAAAAGAUUAGUUUGCCGUUUUAAUAGCGCUUUGGUUAUGAUUAUUUUCUUCUCUUUUCUUGCCUUGUUUCUUUCCCUAAUAGAAGUGCAACCUACAGGGCAGGACAGUGUUCCCUUGGGGAUAGGAUGAGCUAAUCUUUGUUUUUUGGAGUUGGAAAACCAAUCGUAACUACUGAGAUGGGUAACGAUAUUUACUAAACUCAAGUUGUGUGCAUGUGUGCAAAUGCUCCACAUGUUCAGUACACACUACCACAUGUGUACACCCCCCCCCCCCGCCCCCCCCCCUAAUACUCCAUCUUGGUCAAAGGUCUCAUCCACAUUCACUGAACACAGCGUAGAAUCAGGAUGGUUUAGGGUUUGUUUUUGUAUUCACAAAAGAUAAUGUGAGUGUUGAGCAGUUGAUUUUGAUUUACUCACUGAUUAGUCUGCCUGCAAGCCUUUACUCCUGCCUUCAGCUCUCUUCUUCUUGCCUGAUAAUCCAGACAAAGCAGUUUGUGUGUGUGUGUCUGGAAGGUAUGGGGUUGGUAUGCUUGUAUAUCUUCUGUAUAUUUAGCCAAAGGGUAAGCAGGGCAAAGAUGACGUCACGGGGCCUUUUUCAGAGAACCACAGCAGGGUUUUCGAGAGUUGCUAUCAGUCGUUUGGAAAACGGUUACCCCCCCCCCUCCCUCACAUCUCUCCACUUGUUCACCGGUCAUAACCAUCCAUGUUGACUUGCUGUUUUUACACACAAACUACAUGCACGUUUUACUGUAAACCAUCCGGAACUGCUGCUAUGGACGGUGCGGCCCCGGCGGGGAUCUAGCAGGGGCAGGGGCCCACCUAAAGGAAUACAACAGGCGAGGGCUCAGGCCUUUCUUUGUUUUUGUAUUUCUAACCAAUCCGUGUGUAUGCGAGUGUCACAUGAAGAGAGGAGGAAGAGGCAGGAGAGAUGCAGAGAGGGCGGGCAAGAAAAGAAGCCUGAAGAUUCUGAAGUUUUAAAGGCAUUCUGGCAGACAGACUCUUCUGUUUCGUAUUUUGUUUGGUUACGUUUUCUUGAAUCAUUGAAGGAGAGCUGCCAGUGCUGCCCUCUCCUGCCUUUGCGUCUCCACUGCAGGCUCUCACCAAACGAUGCUCUCGCCUGGAUGGGUCACAGCAGCAAGUGUCCCCUGGAUAAUGUACAAUAGUACGCAGCCUUGCAGAGGGUUGAGGAAGGGGGGGUCUUGUGUUGUGGGAUAUAUGAUGAGUGAGGGAAGGGCAAUUCAUGGUUUAGUUCGUUUUUCUCCUUUGUGUUCUCAUAGUAUUUGUACAGGGGUUUCAUCGCUGUAUUAAAAAUGUACCGUCUUAUUUACAUUCUCUUUGGUUUGGUUACAGAAACUAAUAAAAUAAUAUGCUGUUAAAAUGUUACAGAUGGUCUUGUCUUUUAAACAUUGUGAUCACAAGUGAACAUACCGUUGCAUGCAGGGGCAGUUUUUUCUUUUAAAUCUGAUUAAUAAACCUAUUUGUAUUUUUUCUUUUACUGCAGCAAUUUACUAGAUUAAAACAUCUGAAGUAGAACAGUUCAAGAAAAAAAAAAAAAAAGCAAAUAUUUUUUUAUCCAGUCCACAUCGAUAGGAAAAAAGGAGAGGACUGCAGCUUCAGACACCAACUGUCUGAAAAAUUAUAACGGUAGAACUCAAGUUGCUUGAUAGGAAACAUGCAUGGGGCAGGCUUGAGCCACAACCACCAGUUAUCUACUCGUACAAUUGAAGAUUAAAACCUAUACUUGGAUCUGGAAGAAGAGCUCUAAUCUGGGCUAAUGUGGGAGUUGAAUGUAUUUUGCUGAUUUGUUUCGACCCAUGUUGCUGGAGCCGGGGAUCUGUAAACAAAUAUAAAUUAGUCCCGCUAUGUACUGAAUGUUUCAAAUCGCCACAGAGCAUUCCGUCCGAGGCUCCGUGCCGUCUCCACGAGUUCUGCUAUAACAGACUGUUGGAUCCGAGAAUACCAGGUAACAUACAAUGAAGAUGAAAGAAAAACUCAACCAUUUUAUUAACAACUUUAAUGUGAAUGUUACCUAGUGGUGACUACAGUGCAUUAGGCAUACGCAAAAGGAUGAUGCAUUCUAGAGAGGGCAAAGCGUUGCCAGUUUAACACCGUAGGGCGCAUUGCACCAAACUAAUUAAACUAGUCAUUACAACGUUCCAUGAGCCAAACAUGGACAUUUCCAUCAUAAAAUACUGCAUAAAUAAAUCAAAGACAUACACCUGGCAUAAAGACUGUACAAAAAUAAUUCCUCUAUCAACGUGUUUGUGUGGGCCAUGUCACAACAAAACCUUCCAGAAACCUAAAAACCGUACAAAAAAAAAAAGAUUAAAUACUAAAAUA